GCCUCUUUCUUCAUUAUGUGACGCGGUUUGAUCUUUGUAAACGCCCCUAUUACACACAAAAUUAUUUUGAAGAAAAUAGAAAUAAUAUUUUAAUUGAUGGUUGCUAAAUUACCGUAAGUUAUUAUAUUAUGUAUAAUUCUCCUGAACUGUAUUAUAAAUACUCUGCUCAGCAAGUAACAGAUCAGUCUGCAAAAGAGAACUUUCUAUUCAAGCGCGGAGGAAGAUCAGCUUUGUCACGUCUAGAAUGAAUCAUUGUUUACACAUUUUGAGUGGCAGGCUAGGCGGGGCUUCGUGAGAUCCGUACACCAUUAUUUUAGAAUCAUUCACAGGUUCGGGAAUGGAAUAAAAUUGAUAGAUGUCGAAGUGAGCGGGCUCAUUUAUCGUCAUUUCUAGAAAGAAGUCUUAUUUUCGAAAGAUUGUAAGAGUCAGAGAUUUAACAUAAUGGAGAAACUUGUAGCAAUGUUAGCGGUGAUCGUUGUAGCAAAUGCAGAUGUUUAUAUGCACAACCCAAGGGGAAGCAACAACAGACUUGAUGAAAAUGGAAGAGAAAGAAACAAUGGAAAUAGAAUGUUUGACUCACAAAACAACAACAGAGGGGGCUACAAUGUAGGCAGUUUGUAUUACACCGCCGGAUCAGUUCUGCCAAUUGAAUGGACAAACCAACAUAGUUGUGGAGACCCAAAUUGUCACUGUGAGAUUGUAUUGCAAUACAUGUGUGGUGACUGGGUCAGGGACGGGACUACUACCUCAACUAUUCCAGAGAAUCCCAACCAAUGUACUAAUUAUGAUUGUAAUACUGACAUCCGUUAUGGGAUGAACGAAAACUUUGAUUACUACCUCAACUGUAAGAUUCGCCAACGCCAAGAUAACCUCUUUACAGCUGAUCAGAACCUAAACGGAGAGACAGCAAGAUACACUAGACAGAAUCCACAAGGAACUAGAAGGGCGUAUGAAUGUCCAGAAGAAAGGGAUCAUUACCCCUACUGGGGUCCUACACCAUGGAUGGACAUUGCUGUUUUUACAAACGAACCUGAGCGAUGUGAAUACUACCAAGCAGAGAGUCAGAACGUGAAAUCUAGAUGGGCUUGUGAUCUUCCCUUCUCCUAUUUACAAGAAAACAGGAAUGCUAAUCGUAACAAACCAGUCAUCCCCAUCACACAAGAAGCCUGUGAGGCGGUAGAGAUAGAGAACCCUGCAGGUGGUAAUGCCACCCGUGGGGUUUGGAGAGAAUACCCAUCAUUCAACAUCUCAGCUCCAGUUUGUAGAGAAAACCAUUGGAGUAGAGAUAAUCAUCUCGGCAACGGAGUCAAUGGACAACCAAACACGUUUAACUGGACUAUACCAAACACCAUCCAUGAAAGUUGUGCAUUACGUCUAAGAUAUAACAUCUCUACUGGUGAAUUUAAUGGUUGGGAUGGUUCUACAACAGCUGAAUUGAAUGCAGAAGGUAAUCAGGAAAGUACACUUGAUGUUUAUACAAGGUAUGGUUUAACUGCUGAGGAAGCAGAGGAUAGGGGUUAUGUCUUUGAGAAUAACCCACAGGUUCAGAUGUUCACUGAUGCUGCUAAUGGUGAUAACUUUGAGCUACAACUUGCUAUUAACACUGCUCAACUUGGCAGAACAUUCCAAGACAGGUCUCACACCUUUGCAAUUCGUCCUAAGCCAGCUAAUGUUGGUGAUAACACUGUAUAUAAUCUGAACGUUAGAGGGAAGAGAGGUAACAUUGUUCAAGUCUUCCCCGCAGUGGAAUAUGACUUUGUUCCUAACAAUUUGGAAAUGUUGCCUGAAGAUUUUGUUCACCCCCAGUGGACUGGAUCCAACUCCAAUCCAAACAACAAUGACGGUCAGGGUCGCCAGGGUACUGAUCGUAGCAACAUUGCUUUGCUUACGGAACAGAAUUACCCAGAAGGCACCGGAGCUUAUUAUCAGCCUUUCGGUGUUAGUGGGCAAUACGGUAACAGCUAUCCUAAGAAUCUAGCUGAUACAACGUUCCUUGGCUUAGAUGCUCAGACUCUGAUCAACCUGGCUGUUCUUCAACCAGGGCAGUUUCGAGGGGAAAUGUCUGAAUUGGAUGAUGCCGGUACUUACUUUGAUGCCAAGCCCCUCAAGGUGACAGAAACUGGUACAUACCAUUACAUGUGCACAAGGAACAACAACUUCUCCAACCGUAGCCAGAAAGGACGUAUGAAGGUUGGUGUUGAACAGACCCAGUAUGUUUCUAUUGGUUAUACUGGAGGCAAUGUAUCUACCUCGCAUAGUGAGCUGAAGUUUGGUCAAGGUUCUCUUGAUCAUCUUGAAGACAUCAAGGUAGUUGAAUGGAAUCCUCAGCAAGGUAAAUGGGAGAUAGAGCGUGUCAGUGGCUCAGCAGAUGAUAUCCCUGGAGAUAAGAUUGAGAGUAACUUUAUCACCAUCUUCCCAACCGGUCAAAUCACAACCGCUGAUCAGACCUUCACCCUACGUCUCUUCCUCAAUGGAUCAUCGUCUGAUGUCAUUGAGCUCUUCCGUAGUGACCCGCAGUCCUAUACAACAUGGGAGAAAGUGGACUAUGCCAGAGAAGGUAAUGCUCUAGCUGUGGAAACACAGAUGGGUGGUACCUAUGUGGCUACGGGAUCUAGCAAUGCUGGAAAGACUGCUGGCAUUGUCAUUGGAUGUAUAGCAGCAGCCGUCUUGAUUAUUGGUGGCGUCGUUUACUUCAGAAUGCAUCCAGAAAAGCUUUCAAACCUGACUAAAUCUGGUCCAGUCUAACAUCACGCCUUUAUAUCAGUGUAGAUUCCUCCCUCAUGCCUGAAUAUUACAAGACUCGUGAUGCUUGUUUGUUUAACAUGAAAUACAAAGUCUUACUUAUUUGUAAUAUAGACGCAUCUCCUCUGAUGAUAUGUUGUUCUUAAGAAACUGGUGCCCUUUUUAAAGAAAAUUUAUUGGAUUAUCAAUCAUGUGUAAUGAUUGGAUCUAAGCAAUAUGUUGUGUUCAAAGCCUUUUAAUCUGAAUUAACCAUGUUAUAUAUCAGAAAAUGAUUAGAUUUUAUAACCCUGGAAAACAUUAUCAUAAAGAGAUAUAACUAUAAUAGUAGCGGUAACAUGCACAGUAAUUUUAAAAGCUAAACCAUUGACGCAUUACAAACUGAAGCAUGCAUUGUAACUUUAGGUAUUAUGUUGCUGAUAUUCUCAUGUGUUUAUAUUUAAAUAAUUCAAGUUUUAAAGGGAUAUUGUAAAUAAGAUAUAUCUAUCAUUUUCAUAUAGUAUAUCAUGUAAUUCAGUUCUAUCCUUGUAUAUCUUCUCUACUAGCCAGCUCUUUAUCUUGUCAGCUUCCCCCUUUUAUUUCAUCCAAGUGACCUAAAAUGAUCAAAUUUCAGUUUUCAAUGUAAGGGUUGAUUACUGUCAUCAAGGAUGGCUCGCUUCUGAUGAAUGUGGUCCACAAUCCACAUAAUUAACUCAAUCUGUUUUGAUAUCAGAUAAUAUUAUGCAUUCUGAAAACCCAAUUUUGUCUCACUCUUAAGUUUAGCAUCAUUGUUAUCAUUCAAUUUUUUUAAAAGUUAUUUGCCCUAUUUUUGGUUUCCACUCUACAUUUGAACAUAUUAGCGUUUGGUUUCUUUAUAUUUGUUACACAUGCCAAAUUUAAAUCUUUUUUCAAACAAAAAUAUAUUUCUUAUAAUUUUCAUACUUCCAUGUGUAACCUCCAAAAAAUGUAUUUCUGAUAACAAAUAAACAUAUCUAACCUUUUGGUUUUCCAAAAAAUUGUGUCAAACUGCAUUUCUCACAUAUAUAUGUAUCCAUUAUACUGAUGGUCAUUAGUGCCAUUGUGGUGGCUCCAAUAGCAAGAGACAGGAUUAAAUUAAUAUCACAAUUUCUUUCUUGGUACAAAAAUAUAUAUUUCAUUGUAGUAAAGAGUUCACAUACAUUGCAGUUGUCUAUUCAAAUUGAAUUCUGCAAAUUCUGACAAAGUGGGAGGAAAGUGCUAUAUACAAUAUUUAUGACUUAUUUUAGGAUUUUUUUGAAAUUCUGAUUCCAAUAUAUUACUUUUUAGUUGUAACAUGUCUUAUUUUUCAAGAAAAUUUUAUAUUAAAUGUUGUUACUGGCAAGUCCAUUGCACCAAAUACUGUGUCUUUCAUACAGGCAUACAUGCUUUCUUAGCUGUCAGGCUUAAACAGACCAAACUCAUCUUUUAGAUGUUUUAUGAUUACUCAUUUUGACUUUCUGAGUCUAAAAAAAAUAUGUCAUAAAAGAAACGAUUUUGGGAGGUAUUGAUUUCAUUGUGAUUAUCUUAGUGCCUCUUCUGCAAUACAAAUGUGUGUGAUAACAAAAAGUACUAUUAUGAUUAUGAUCUUGGCCCUGAAACAUAUAGCUUAGUGAUUGAUGAUAAGAUUGAUAUGCAGGAUUAUUUUCAUUCAUUCUCAUUAAUUGUAAAAAUAAAAAUAUACAAUCAAUCAUAAAGCUUUAUGUUAUUAGGCCCUGGUAAACAUGGCAUUGAUUUCUUUGUAUAUAAAUGAAUAAAUUUAGUCAUUUUGUUUGAUUUACAAUUGGUGGUAUUUAAUGUUAUGUUGUGAGUUGAAGGAAAAUGACCUAGUGGAUUGAUUUUGAAAAAAGUAAAUUGAUGAACUGAUCAAGAGGGGGUAAAACAUUGCAGUAAAACUUCAUUGUUAGGUAUAUUAGUGUUCACAUAUAAAUCAUUGCUUUUUUUUUUUUUUUUUACAAAUCCCCAAGUGGGAAUUAUCUGUUUGUGCAUUUUAAAUUUGGUUAACAUUGUUAGAAGUAAAAGAGUUGAUAUGAAAAUAGAGGAAGAGUCUCAAGAAUGUUGACUGAAUGUCAAUGCAGGAAUGUUGACUGAAUGUCAAUGCAGGAAUGUUGUCAUGUAUUUUGCAAUCUUGUUAUUCUUAAGUCCUCUUCAGACAUUAUACAAUGAAAGCACAGUAAAAGGUGUUAAAUUCAAUGAGAUAUGAGGCUGCAUAAACAAAAAUUUAAAGGAGACAGGGUUUGCUAUGAAAAAAGCAGACCAAUCAAAUGUUAGCACAAAUUAAGCAUUGUCCAGAAUUGCAGGGACAAACGAUGAUCACAUUAACAGUGACAUUAUUAGGAAUAUCAUUAUAUAUAACAUGAUUCAUGACAUUGUAAUAUAGGUUAGUCAUUUUAACUAAGUUUUGACAAAUUGAGACUUGAACCAUAUAAGUAGAGCGAUUUUUUUUUAAUGUCCAAAUACUUACAAAUCAUAUGUUUCAUAUUGUCUGAAUGAGGAUUUUGAGGUAAACUUGAUUGGAGAAAUGGAGUUAUCUUGUCCGCUGGCCGGAUGUUGAGAUGUUAAGAGGAAAGUUUAUAUUAUCUUGUUGGAAUUUAAAAGAGAAGGAAAUAUUUUUUUUACAGAUUAACAGAAAUGAAAGAAAAAAAUUGAUGUCUGGAUGAUUGAUUGAAAAUUUAGGUAGUGUUAUAUCAUUUUUAAAUUGGAAGGAGAAAGACCAAUGUAACAUAAAUAUCAGUUUUGUGGUUUCAUUCAAAGAAAUUACUUAGUGGCUAUAAUUGAAGUUCUAUGAUGGCUAAUACAAAGGUUGAUUGUAUAAAAGGAAAAUUCAUCAUGUAAUAUUUCUCAUGGACUUUGUAUGUGUAGAUAAUUGUUUUUCUUUGCAAAUAAAUACAUUUAUAUUUUUGCACUGAUAA